AUGGCCAAGAAGACUCCCAGGGGACGCUUCGCGGAAGCCCCGGUAGAGGAGGAGUUCCGAAGGCUGGAGAUGGGUAGCGAGGAGGAACACGACGGCAACCUGAGGGCGCGGCUGCCUAGUUGUGGCUUUGGCCUCAAGCAGUGCUCCGUGGUAUGGUCACAGCGGUGCUGGAAAUAGACAAGAACGCCCCGUUUUCAGAUGGGAGAAGGAUUCUGGAAUCCUCAUUCAUGCUUGUGGUUUUAUUAUAGGAUCUUCCAGAAAGAAUAAAAGCAGAGGUGUUUUGGGACUCAGAAAGGGACCAUGAAGCUUACAGGUAAGUGAUCUCUCUCCCCAAUCUCUUGAAAAUUUCUCCCUUCAGGGAAUGGUUUCUACAUUGAAUUGUUCUUCGGAACGCAUCUGGUUUCUGUGGGUCUCACAGUCAUCAAAUAUGGUUGCUGUCUCCACCCAUGUUCCUCUAAAUAUGAUGAAGGAAAUGCAAUUUAAAACUUUUGUACUGUAGCGCAUAUAAGACCCGCUGGUGGACUUGACCACUGAUCAGUUAUAACAUGCAUUUUGUGUGUUUAUUUGGAAAAUAAUCACUACAACUUUAACUCCAUGUUACAUUGGUAAGCAUCGUUACAGAACGGAUGAAACAUGUACAAAUGGCUUUUCAGAACUGGAUGAGGAGGUGGACUAGGCCCAGGAUUAAAAACCUAUGAGGAGGACCAGAGUGAAUCCUGUCAUGUCAGUUCAAUCUGCCCCAGGGAUGGGGCCAGUGUCGCAGCCUGCCUGCCAUUGGCCAAAUAGGCAGUCAAGCCGCGAUCCACUUCCUGGGCCUGGGUGAAGCUAAAAUGGGUUCACCCAAACCCAGGAAAACCCCUCACCUCCAGCACAACCGUAGGAUCCAGGGGAGGCAUUGUCACUCUCUCACAGCAGUGCCCAGGUUGCGGUAAGCGUCAUUACACAUGUUUUUUCAAAAUUUUCUUCUUUUUUCUUCUUUAUGCUUUCACCUCCCCCUUAUUUUUAUUCAAUGCCCCCCAAUUGCACCUGAAGCUCCCACUGCCCCCCUCAAUCACUCCAGCACCCUGCAGGGGGUGGGAUCACCCACUAUGAGAAAUACUGGUUUAGAGCAAAAUGGGUUCAUGGCUUGUAGAACCCCUGGCCUGCUCAAUGAAUAUGAUAAUUUCCCCUGAAGUUCUAGUAUCAUCAACACACCAGGAAUCAGAAGAUUAGUAGUUAAUCCUACCACUUGGCUUUACUCUGCAUGAACGCAGGCAUUUUAAAGUCACCUUCUCAGUAUCAGAAGAAUACUUUUUGGGCAGCCUCAUAAUAAACAUGCUGCUCUGUGGCAAAAUCCUGAGUGUGCAGAGUGGUGCCUGCCCAGGAAUUUUCCUUCCAUAAUUUUUUUACCUCCUUACUCAGCGUGUGAAGCACCUCCUGCAAAAAUAUCAAUUAGACCAGCAGAGGAAGUUCUCCCAAUUCAUGUUCAACCUGAUUCCCCUUUCAUCAUUCCCUUUGUGCCAUUCAGAGCGUGCUUCACAAAGGCUGGCUCCUUCCAUUGCUGUGAUACUGGUCUCAUAUGGGAAGUGAGAGGAGCUGUGACCGUAACAUACCACUUUGAUUCAUGGCCUAAGCACCUGGAAGAACAAAACACCGAGGAGUGGCAGAUCGCUGGCCCUCUGCUCAACAUUAAAGUGGAUGCAGUAGAAGCCAUGGCAGUCAUUUGCGUCCCUCACUCCUUGUCUCUUUCAGGUAUCACAUGGGAAAAACCUUACAGCAUUAUAACCAUAAUAGGAAGAAUCUUAAACAGGAAUAACUUCCAUUGACAUUUCCAGAAUGUUUGGGGGCCAGUGGUGUGGGUUCUAGGGAUCAGUAGUGUCUUUUCUGAUUUGUUUCAAUUUUGCAAAAUGUUCUGCUAUUUUACUGUUUUUGUGAUGCUUUUUAUUUUGUUGUAAGACAUGUUGGAGCUUUCGUCUAAACCACAGAGCCUAGGGCUUGCCGAUCAGAAGGUCGGCGGUUCGAAUCCCCUCAAUGGGGUGAGCUCCCGUUGCUCGGUCCCUGCUCCUGCCAACCUAGCAGUUCAAAAGCCCGUCAAAGUGCAAGUAGAUAAAUAGGUACCAUUCUGGCGGGAAGGUAAACGGCAUUUCCGUGUGCUGCUCUGGUUCGUCAGAAGCGGCUUCGUCAUGCUGGCCACAUGACCCUGAAGCUGUACGCUGGCUCCCUCGGCCAAUAAAGCGAGAUGAGUGCCACAACCCCAGAGUCGUCCAUGACUGGACCUAAUGAUCAGGGGUCUUUUUACCUUUACCAUGAGAACAUACAGUACUGUGAAACAAUGCUAUAGACCUCUUAAAUGAUGAUGAGAAAAUAAAUACUUGCAUGAUACAGAGAGGGUGAGGGUUAAGUGAUGGUGAUUUUUUUUUCACUUUCCCACUUGUAACAUGUUUGUCUAUGUUUCCUUUGGGCUCCUGUUCAGGUAAAGAUAGUUCCCAUGUCUACAUUGCACAUUUUGUGGAAGGGGAGAUGAGGCUGGAGAAGCCAGGCAGAGUGGAGCCUCACCAUGCUGUGUUGGAAAACCCCAAGUUCUCUUCCCUUGGAGUCAUUUUCAAAAAGUGGUUUAAGCAAAAGAUCAACACUGUUGUGCUGCUCUAUCAGAGCCUUCGAGUGGAAACACCAACGUUUCACCUGUACCUCCUACCCAAUGACCUUUCGAUAAUAAAGGUAACCAGGAACCUCCAACUCUGGUAUUCCGAUUGCCUGGGUCAUUUACUUGAUCAUAUUAACCCCGGCUAUGCACAAUUGUUGGACUUGAUCAGAUCUAUUCAACAUGCCAGUAGAGAGAAAAUUAACAAGUUGCCCUCUGCUGGGUUACUUAUCUUCUCACCAACACUGUUGCUUUAAAGUGAUUUUUCCAAAAUUGAAAUACACCCUUUUCACUUCUUAAACAACCUGCUUGCUAAAGCCCAAAUUCCCUGUCUGGUUCUCCAAACAACGGUGUUGUCACUGAAUUGUGAAACAAUUCAGUCCUUAGCCUCCCUUGUGAGUCCCAAUGGAUUUCUUCCGGAAGCAUUCACUGAAAUCAGGCUUCCUCCAGGGUAAACGUAUUUAGUGAUGAGGAAAUUCUGCUUAAUUCAUACAAGCUAUCUAAAUGAACUUUUGAGGAAGAACAUCCUUCUUCCUUUGCAGUGUUGGCACAUGGGUUUCAUGGCUUCUGUGGUUUCCUGCGUGGACUCAUCAAGAUGCAGGUGGACCCAGGAUUGCUGGUACCUCUCGGCCACCAGGGUGUCCAGUCCAAGAGCCCUGGCUUGAGUUCCCCAUGAGGCCAGGGAAUCUCCUCCUUACAUUUUAGUUUCUGGUGCCAUGUGCUUUAAUUUUCUUCAUAUUGCAGAUGGAGAAUCUGUGUCUCUGCAGAUGUUACUGGACUACAAAACCCAUCAGCCCUGACUCUUGCUGACUGGAGGGCAUCAGGUUCCCCAUUCCUGCCUUAGCUGGUGUAACAGUGCCAAGAAAGUUGUAGGGAUCUAGUCUUGGCUUCCUCUCCGCGUAUCUCAAAUGUGACUUUAUUUGUCUUUCCCAGGCGGUCAAUGACAGUGAAGAAAAUUCAAAGAGAAUAGAGAAACCCCCUGUGACUCUGAGACCUCUGACAAUUGGCUCUCAGGUCUCUUUGAAGGCUUCAAAGAAUGUCACAGUCUGUCCUGAGGUGAGACAAAUAUGAUGAAAGGUUUUGCAGAGCCCAGAUGGUGAAGUCUGAGAAUGGGAGAAAUUCAACCAGGAUCCCUCUUCACCCUUUAAGUUGACUCCCUUGCAAUGGCGGGUUGGGCUAAGCCAGAUUCACACCUACAAAGGUUUCAUUCUUUCCCACAGGAACUGGAGUUUCAAUACCUGGAUGCAGAGAAACUGCAGCAGUACGUAGAACUGUCUGCUGAGCAAAUGCAAGACGAGUUCUUCUGCCUGAUGAAGAAGGGCACACCUGAAAUUGUCUGGAAGGUGCAUUUGAAAAAAAGUGAGUUUUAUUCAAGGGAUGAUCAUGAGGUUGGGUCAUAUCUUAGGAGGCAGGACAGAAAAAGACCACCAGUCACGUUCCCUCUUUGACUGCCUCUUAUUCUAUUUCAGGAGAGUUCAUUUCAGAGGAGAUGGAUUCUCCUAUUUCACACCCAGCACAAGGUGAGCAGGUUUUAAUUAUUUCUCUGCAUGUAUUUGUAUCCCACUUUCCUCCCAAUAGGAGCACAGAGGGCUGAUGAAACAGUAGCAGAACUGGUUUUGCUGACCUUGAACUCCUCACUCUAAGUUUUACAGUGUGAGCUUAUUAGUUUUAAACUGAGUGUCAGUUCUUUUAAAUAUUAACUGUUACUUGCUUUUAUUGUCAUUUGUUAUGACGUGAUACUGCAAGCAUAAUACAUAAAUCUGUGAGACAAUGUUCCAUAGGCUCAUCUUCUUCCAAGGACAGAGACCUUGUGGGCAAAGUUUUCAUGGCUUUUGGAUAGUGAGUGAAAUGGUCUCUUCUCUCCCUGUGGGAGAAAGCUGGGUUCAGUAAUUAUAACAACAAUAACAGAAGCAUAGAAUUUGGAGGGAUUCCAAGUCUCAUCUAGUCCAACCCACUACAAUGAAGGAGCUAUCAAUUCCUGGGCUUUCAAGCAAUAAAAUAUAAAGCUGAGUAUAAUACUAUGUGAAAUUAAUUAUCUGAUAAUGUGCUGUUGUUUCAUGAUACCCCAUAUUAUGAUGCCACCUCACUCUCCCUAAUGGUAGGGCUGGCCCCAUCCCUGGCUCGCUUGCAACUGCUCUCACUUACUGUAUUUCAGUUUUAUACUUCCUCAACAGUUAUGGCUUUGCCCAAAGAAUUCUGGGAACUGUAGGCAGAUGAGCUACUAGUAAUGCUCUGUUCACAAUCCCUCCCCUCAUGGAACUACAAUUCCCAGGGCAUGGGGGAGGAGGGAAUGAGUUGGGCAACCAGUCUUAAGCCUGCAGUGUGAACCUGUAGCAAGAUUUCCGUUCUUUUUCGCUUUCCUGGCAGGGCCGCAGUUUCCAAACUCUUCCAACGUGCACUUCAUCGAGCGGCACAGGGAGGCGCUAAUCCAACGGACCACCCCAGCGGAACCGGUGCUGGAUAGAUUGUAUGGCUCCGUCCUCAGUGAGGAGCAAUAUCAAAGAAUCAUUGCUCAGGAAACUAACCCAGACAAGAUGCGAGAGCUCUACAAGCUUGUGCCAAGCUGGGACCUCUGGUGCAAGGAUAUGCUGUAUGAGGCUCUGAAGGCCAAAAACCCACAUCUCGUGAAAGACCUGGAAGGGCAAUGA